UGGGUGAUAAUGUCUGCAUUUAUGUUGGCAGUUUUUUCAAUAUAUUGGGGUUCAAUGUAUCAAAGAAAUCUUCGUUAUAAGAAUUUAGAUGUUUUAAUAGUUACUGAAGAACAAUCAAGACUGGUGGAUAACCUCGUCAUCGAACCAUUAUUGACAGAUACCGCCACUUCUGUGACACAAGAUAAUGAAUCUAUUAACGACUUAGCAGGCUGGAAAUAUUACAGUUAUGAGGAAUUUUUGUCUAAAUAUCCGUUAGAUGAAGAUCAAACACUUAGACAGAAGGUUGAUUCAUUGAUUCACAGAAAACGAUACUGGGCUACAGUUUACAUUUCACAAGAUGCCACAUAUCAAAUCUAUCAGGCAUUUGCAAAUCCAGAUAGCACUCAAUAUGAAACUUUCAGUCCAAACAAUGCUUCAAAUGCUUUAAUCCAAAUAAUAUACGAAACCGGUAGAGACCCACUUUCAAUGAAUGGAUAUGUUACACCCAAUAUGAAUAAAUAUGCAAGCUAUUUGUCAUCUCAAAUCUACUUAAAUGUUUAUUCACCAAUUAUUAAUAACUACUUGAAUGAGACACAAAGGGUGAAUUUAAUCUCCAAUAAUCCUGAUUUAAUAUCCAAUAUUCCAAUUCCACAAUUUAUCGACAAUAUCCCUCUUACGGAUCCAGUUUUAAUGGCUCCAUUACAAGUAGGGCUAAUUUUUUUGAUUAUUAUAACAUUUUUCCAAUUUAAUUUUUUUGCAACAACUCAUCAAAUAUUUGUCAAAUACGUCAAAAUCAAACAUUAUAUUCUUUACAGAAUGAUUUCUUCUCAAAUCUCAUUUUUUGUGCUAUCAUUAACUUAUUCUACUGUCACAGCGUGUUUCCAAGUAUCAUUUACAAAGACCUUUGGAAAGUCGGGGUUUGUUAUUUAUUGGAUGUUCAACUACUUAACAAUGGCGGCAGUUGGUGGGGCUAACGAAAACAUGGCAUUAUUCAUCAUUCCAGUUUUUCCACCUCUUAUUGGAUUUUGGAUGCUAUUUUGGGUUAUAAGUAACAUCUCUCCCACUUUUGCUCCACUUGACCUUUUGCCAGGAUUCUUCAAAUACGGAUAUGCUUUUCCAAUAUACAACUCUGCUGAAUUAACAAGAGUGUUAUUCUUGAACACUUGGAAAGGCAAUAUGGGUAGAAAUAUUGGUAUUCUUUGUGCAUGGAUAGUGGUGAACAAUCUAUUACACCCUAUAGCAUUAUUCUUUUUCGGAAAGACAAUGUCUAAA